AUGUCGGGUCCAGAAUUCUGGCCAAAGACUAGCAUGCGGAACCAAGACAUCUUUAAAAUCCCCCGUGGGCUUGUCGACCUGCCGAAGUUUGCCGGUCCAGAUCAAAUUAUCCAAGGCAUUAAAGAUGUACUCAACGAUUAUCGACGUGCGAUCUUGGCUUUAUCGAAAGAGAUGGAUGAAAAGGAACAAGAAAACCAAAGACUAAAACUUAGGGUUGAGUCUUUAGAGCGAAACUAUGCUAUUCCAGAAAUGGAUCGGUUUCGAGUGGAGCUGGCCGUAUCAUUGGGAGUAACAGGCAGCACGCCACAUAGGAAGUCAAUCAUGGAAGCCGUAUCCGCACUGAAAGAGACCGCUUGUCGUAACGAAUUAUGGGCGAACAUGGCCUCAACGAGUGCAGCACAAACAGAACAGCGCGAAAGAGAAAACGCAGAUCAAAGGAUACAGGACAAUGAAAUAGUGCUUUGA